AACAAGAUGGCGCUAGCCUGACGGCAGCUGCUAUGAAGGAUAGCGAAACCUCAGCUGACACUCAUGCCGAUACCGGCACAAAUCAAGGGGAAAAGAAACCGAAGCAGAUGCUCGUGGAGCAAGAUUGUCACAAACAGAAGAUGGCUCUCGACGUACUUGCUGCUUACUCUACAGUAGCAAACUAACUUGAUAAUAUUGUUUUGGUUGAUUUAGGGGAAAACGGACGAUUUUCAUGUCAUGAGAGAGAUUAUGUAAAGUCGCAGUACGAAACAGGUAAUAUUUUGAUUGUGGUCAAUUGUCGACCAAAUGUGGCGUCGGUGAAAGAUGAUUGUAAGAUGAUACAUUUCCAAAUUCAGCAGAUGUCCUUAGGUAAACAGAACAGGAUGUAUGGAUCUCCAGUGCAGGCGUGCUGAGCGUGGGGAUUUGAACCAAAAAUAAAACGAGUACUGUACGACCGUUUUGCCGCUUUCCGGAUUAGAUCACGAAUGGAAAUGUCGGCAGUGCUAUCGUUGGAAUAUAAUCUCUGCAGUUUGUCACAGAUGAACUAAACAGUACCGUACUCGGAUUUCCACUGGAUUGCACUGCGCCGGACUUCAAGUUUUCCCCCUUUCCUUUUCCCGACGUUCAUCGUCAACCCACCCCCUCGUGUUCUCAGAUCUUUUAGUUGUGCAGUAAAACUGCAGGGUGCUUUACCCUGACAAAACCUCAAUGAAAGUGAAGACGUCAGUGUUUCCGAGCUGGAAGAACGUCGUUUCUGAAACGAGCCUCGGUUUGCUGUUUUAAAUAAAUAUAACUUGAACACUGCGCACGGAAGGGGUGUGUCAAGAGGAGUCUCAUCGAGGAUGAGUGAGGGCGAUCUGCAGCACAUGGACUACCUGACGGAGAACGAACUGAUGGGGAUGGACACGUUCAUCCACCGCAUUGACUCCACCGAAGUGAUCUACCAGCCGCGCCGCAAGCGCGCAAAGCUGGUCGGCAAGUAUCUGAUGGGGGACCUGCUCGGGGAGGGCUCCUACGGCAAGGUUAAGGAGAUGCUGGACUCUGAGACUCUCUGCAGGAGGGCUGUCAAGAUCCUCAAGAAGAAGAAGCUCAGGAGGAUUCCCAACGGGGAGGCCAACGUCAAAAAAGAAAUCCAGCUGCUGCGGAGACUUCGACACAAAAAUGUCAUCCAGUUGGUAGAUGUACUGUAUAACGAAGAAAAACAGAAAAUGUAUAUGGUGAUGGAGUAUUGUGUCUGUGGGAUGCAGGAGGUGUUGGACAGCGUCCCAGAGAAGAGGUUUCCAGCGUUUCAAGCUCACGGGUAUUUCUGCCAGCUUUUAGAUGGCCUUGAAUAUUUGCACAGCCAGGGAAUCGUUCACAAAGACAUCAAGCCAGGGAACCUGCUGCUGACCACAGACGGCGCACUGAAAAUCUCUGACCUGGGGGUGGCCGAGGCCUUGCACCCCUUUGCAGAGGACGACACGUGCAGGACCAGUCAGGGCUCCCCGGCCUUCCAGCCACCCGAAAUCGCCAACGGCCUGGACACCUUCUCGGGGUUCAAAGUGGACAUCUGGUCCGCGGGUGUCACACUGUACAACAUCACAACGAGCCUCUAUCCCUUUGAAGGGGACAACAUCUAUAAGCUAUUUGAGAACAUUGGAAAGGGUGACUACAGCAUCCCUGAAGAGUGUGGUCCCCUCCUGUCGGACCUUCUAAGAGGCAUGCUUGAAUAUGACCCAGUUAAGAGAUUCUCAAUACAACACAUCAGACAGCACAAUUGGGUGCGCAAGAAACACCCCCCGUCUGAGCCCCCAGUCCCCAUCCCACCCAGCGCCGACACCAGGGACCCCUGGCGCAGCAUGACGGUGGUGCCUUACCUGGAGGACCUGCACGGCUACACCGAGGAGGACGACGACGACGAGCUUUUCGACGGAGAGGACGAAAUCAUCUACACUCAGGACUUCACAGUGCCAGGGCACAUCCCAGACGACGACGCGGAUCAGAACGGGCAGACCGGCACCCGCCUCGCCCCCAAGCCCGUGUGCGUGAACGGCACCGAGGCGGCGCCCCUCAGCAAACCGAAAUCCGAGCGCCGGUCCAGCUCCUCCUCCAACCCCUCCCGGAAGGGUGUGUCCGCCGCCAGCAAGAUCCGCAAGCUGUCCACCUGCAAGCAGCAGUGAGCCGUCCCCCCCCCGCACCCCAGAUGCCGCGCCCUGAGCCCCAGGUUUGUUUUUGUGUCUCAUCCUUCCUUUCAUUUUGGAAAUCGGGAGAGAAGAACGAAGACAGCUGUUACUUUUCCCUUUUCCUGUCCACCCCCCACCCCCCCCCAAUCUGUCAUUUCAGACUCGUCAAAUAGUUUGCAAUACCAGGAAGUGCACUACAGAGGGGAUUUUAAUUUAAUUUUUUAAAUGUUUUUUUUAAAGACUGAAGCGAAAAAGGAAGGAUGUGACAGGAGAAGAGAUGGUGACCUGUUUUUGCCAGCUGAGGCCAACAUUCAUCUUUCCCCAUAUCGUCCCUUUCUCUUUUUCGUAAAUGAAUGCCCGGGACUGGCGUCAGCUCCAAAGCCGUACAGAUGUGCAGGACUUAUUUUGCAGCCAUGUUAAAUUUGAGGGUUUUUUGUUGUUGUUUCUUUUUGUUCUGUUAUUAGGUUACCUUUUUUAUUUUCCACUGACUAAUUGCAGUUAAGUAUUACACAAUUAAAUGUGUAAAGAAAGACAUAAUUGAUGCCAUUGAUAAUAUUAAAUAUAAUGAUUAUUAUUAUAUAAAAAAAUAGUUGAAGAACUGCAUGCUGUAAGGGGUGUGGC